CGCGAGAUUUCUUACGAAUUCCCCUUUGCUUGCAGACUUUCUUAAGUACAUAUUUCAUCAAUGUUUUAAUAUUAUUGAUUAUGCUGCAUUGAUUUGCAUAAGGAUGCUGGUCUACCUGUGGUGAAGUUCGAUGUUUGGCAUUUAUAAAGCAUAUCUAAUCAUUCAAGUGCUCAUGCAAUGUGAAGCAACACGUCAUGGAGAACCCGAUGUCUUUAAACGGAUCGUACCUUAGUUCUAACAGUACCAAUAGUAAUGAUAGCACAGAGAUCGUGUUGGAAACCUUCUGCCAUCAAGUUGGAGGUCGCUCCCUAAUCCUCACAUACGACCGCAACACUGUCUGCAAACCUUUGAUUCCCCAAGAACUAAGAUUUUAUCUCGAUUUGCCUCAAUCUUUGCGACCAUUUACCCCACAUUAUAAAGGUGUGAUCAAGGUUGAUGUACAAGUUACUGAUGAUGAGAAAAUCCAGUUGGUGACAAAAACGAAACAAUCUAGUGAUGCUGCUGACGUAAACCAUAAUCUUGAUGAGAAAGAUACUGAUUCAACAGCUGACGAGGAUUCAGAAGAGAAUGAUGAGGUCUCAAACGAGACAAAAGAAAAGGCAGAGAAUAAAGCAGAGGGUGCUGUUAAUCCCUGGACAUUCUAUUGUCAUGGUCUUCAUCAACAGAAACUGAAGGAAAACAUCAAAAAGCGUAAACCAAUAGACUUCAUAUUAAUGGAAGAUGUUGUGAGCAGUUUUAGAUUUCCAUGUAUUAUGGACCUUAAAAUGGGUGACAAAAUGCACAAAGACUAUGCUAACCUAGAGAAAUACAACAGACAGGCAGCUAAGUGGAAUGCUUCAACAUCUAAGUCGCUUGGACUGAGGAUAGCCGGCAUACAGGCUUAUGAUGGCAAGAGCAAUAAAUAUGUAUAUCAAGACAAAUAUUAUGGAUUCCAGGUCACUGAAGAAAGUAUUAAAGAUGAAUUUAUUAGAUUUUUACACAAUGGAAAACACAUACGGAAAAAGGUCAUAGCUGCAUUCAUAAAUCAGCUCCAGCAACUAUAUGCAUGUAUCGAGGAGCAAAAGGAUUCUAGGUUCUAUUCGAGCUCACUCUUGCUGAUUUAUGAGGGCUUUGAGGAAAACACUACUGAUGAAGGACAUGUAAAUGGGAUUUCCACAGAAAGCAAAGCUACUUCAGUCAAAAACACACAGUCAAAUGGGGCACGGAGUAGUGACAUGGAUGAAGCAUUGAAUUCUUUUGACAGGAAUCAAGAAAUGCCAUUGGUGAAUGAAACACAAUUAACACUCAAUGGAAUUCAAACAGAUAUGACUGGUUUGGCAAGUGAAAAAGUAGGUGUGAAGAUGAUUGAUUUUGCACGAUCUUUUCAUGGACAUGGAAGGACAGAGAUGGACCCUAUUAACGACUCUCUUGAUGGGGCCCCAGAUGAAGGUUACUUACUUGGUCUAAAUAGCCUCAUAAAAAUCUUACAAGACAUUCUGAUGCAAAGUUAAUGCCUACUAAUUUUCAAAGUAGUUUAUAUGAUGAAUAAUACAUGCGUUUAUUAGUUAUACAAAAAAUUAUAAUGGUCAUAUCUUUUGAAAUGAAUGGCUUUGAAUUAUAAAUAAUGAAAUCUGAUCAGGACCAACCUGUUAUUAAUUAAUGCAGUAUAUGUAAUACUUAGUCAGACACCAGUCGCCUCAAGGGAGUUAGAGGUGAAAUUAAAUUUAUAACUAAUAUAAAUUGAGGUUUAAAUUUUCGUAUUAGUCUCAGACAACAAGUCAUUAAGAUUUUUCAGAAUAAAAUAAUUAACAUUGUGAAUGUUAAUUGCAGAAAACAGGUGUCAUCGCAAUCCUUGACAACAGGGUCAGAUCAGGUUUUCUAAUUUUGACAAGAAAAUUUCUAUAUUUAAAAAUCUUAUAAACAUCAUUUGCAACAAUUCUCUAUAUUUUAUAUACUUUUUUAAUAAUAUGCAAAUAAAAUCAUGUAAAGAAACUUUCA